CUCUCCUUCAUUCUUCACUGCAACAUACAAGCUAGCCUUCCUUUUGCUGUCGUUGUAUAUCUUCCUCUUCUUCAUCAGUACACUCAUCUAUUUGCUUUGUUAACUUAGACAUGAAGACCAUGAGAGCUCAAGAGGUUAUGGGAUUAGACAUGGCGAAAUAUCUGAUGCUACUCUCGUGUAGGCUAGAGACCAAGUUCAAAAAGUGUGCGUCGUCGCCAAACGAUGUGUACGAGUGCAAAACCUGCAACCGCCAAUUCUCAUCGUUCCAAGCUCUUGGUGGCCACAGAGCGAGUCAUAAGAAGCCGAGAACGUUGCCGGGCAGCGAUGAGGACCUGAAAAGCGAGGUCAAAUUGGCUCAAAGCAAGCCAAAAAAGCACGAGUGCUCCAUAUGCGGGCAGGAGUUCAGUUUGGGGCAAGCUCUGGGGGGUCAUAUGAGAAGGCACAGAAUGAUGAACACAGGGUUUUCUUCUUCAGUUCCUUCUGAGGUUGUUGUUGCUUCGAAGAUUCCUGUGCUGAUGAGGUCGAGUAGCAAGAGGGUCAUGUGUUUGGACAUGGACUUGAACUUGACGCCUCUGGAAAAUGACCUGAAGGUCUUGUUUGGGAACAUGGCUCCGAAAGUUGAUACUUUAGUUUCUUAAUUCUUUGAUCCGAUGGCUGUUGCGUUCAUUCAUUCUUUUAA